AUGUUGGCGCUCCAGGUAAAAGCGGUGAAGGAGCGGGCUACAGCCGUUUGGCUGGUCCGUUCCGGGGGUGACAACGAGGAUACCCCACUCUGCAUACUCUAUAGGGUAGGUGUGCAAAGUGUGCGUGGUGUGUUGCUUGGCAGCAGGUUGCAAAAUGUGUCGAACCUCAACACUUUUUUGUUUUAUUGUCCUCUUUGUUUGCUUCUCGACAGAAAGAAUCUGGAAACAACCAGAAGCAAGGCAAAAGUGCGGUGA